AUGCCUGCAGCGUUAUCAUGUGGCGAGGCCACUGACGUCUGCAGCUCGACCGUCUCCGGUAACAGUCCUGAAGCUCGGCAGCUGCACAACAGAGCCGCUCUGGAGCCAAUGCAGCUGGAGUGUCAGGAGGUCCCUGAUGAUGAGCCUUCAUCGCUGACAGUGGACCACAACAAACUCAAGGAUCUGUUGAACAGUGCUGUGGCCAAAACACAGGAUUGUGAAGUGGAGUCGGUGGAGAUGCUCUACGCUCUGCUGGCUCAGUGCAUCUUCAGGCACCGAGACAACCCCGACAAGACGGAGCUGGUUCAGGAAAUGGAGGCCCAAGUUGACAGCUUCACAUCAAUGCUGACAUAAACUUUCUGUGCAUUCAAACAUUAUGUGGUG